UUAUUUAUCGACUGCCGAAUGGUGCCCAAUCCUUUCCGAGAUCAACAAUAUCUCUGGGCCUGGUUACAUAACCUCAUCUUUUCGACUUAUCGAUCAAUAAUGGCGAUAAGUGACAGUUUAUACCGAUUUUUGCUAAGUUCAGGAAUUAUGGUCGGCGGUACUGGCUUGGCUUGGAUGUUAAUGAAAGUUCUUGUACCAACCAAAGAAGACAUGAUCAAGAAACUUCCAGCAGAGGCAACAUCACCCGAGGCCUUAGCCACACAAGACAGAAUAAAUGAGCAGUUUUUUAUGGUUCUUAAAGAAAACAUGAAUUCUAGCAAUCCAGCUUGGAAAGUCAUGGGGCUAAAGGAAGUAGAGGAAAAACAACAAAAAAGAAAAGAUCAGCAGCAGAAGAAGGAAGUGAAAUUAAAAGAAAAACAAUCUAGCGAGUUCACAACAGAAUAGAGUGAAGUUUCUAAGGUUACCACAGCUAUAAUUAAGAGAGUGGAAAACUUCCUGGUCAUUUAAAACAAGUAGCCUUCUUCAAAAAGGUUCAGGGCAUUCCAUCCAUUCUCUUACUUGCUGGAAUUUAAAGCAAGAAUACAGACUACCAUUUAUUUAAUUUUUUUCUGGCACAUUAUGUACUAAUUCAACGAACUUUUCCUUCAAGCAAGAGGUUUGUGGAAGAGUGCUUCAUUUUUUUUUUUUGGACUGAAACAAGAUAGGGGCUGAGUUAGUCUCAACUUUUUCUUAUCAGAAAUAGUUCAAUCUUUCUGAGAAAUAUUUGUGAGGAGGUUCUUAAAAUAAGAGAAAAGUUCAGAAAAUAUGUAAGUCUUUUCUUUUGAGCCAAUAUUGUUUAUCAAUAAGAAUCUUGUCAAAUUAUUGCAAAAAAAAACACCAAGUUGUAUAAAAAAAAAAUGGAUCAGUUUACUCGCCAUUUUUGUUUUGUUCAGAUGACCUUGACUUUGAAAUGUAACGAAGUGAACUUGGUUCACUCAUGAAAUAACUCCCUACACUUGUAGUUUAUUGAUGGAGGUUAUGUUUCCUAUAUUAUAAAUCUGCAUUCAUCUCUUGAAACAGCCAAGGUUCUUAUAGACCAUUGAAUAAAGGCUGAUAGUUUCGAAAGAAA